AUGUCUCACUAUACUUUGGCAGAGGGCUGUCCGUAUGCCCGCAACGACACCUCGGUGCAACUUCGCAAUGGUUCUGGCGGUGGACUGGUCCUACUGCAGGACACUCAACUGAUUGAAACGUUGGCUCACUUCUCUCGCGAGCGAAUUCCGGAGCGGACCGUUCACGCCAAAGCAGCCGGAGCAUACGGAGUGUUCGAAUGCACCCACGAUUGUACCGACAUCACUUCGGCCAGUUUCCUCAACACCGUGGGCAAGAAGACGGAUGUUUUGUUGCGUGUGUCCACCGUCGGACCUGAAAGUGGCUCGGCCGAUACUACACGAGAUGUGCAUGGCUGGGGAAUGAAGCUAUAUACGGAUCAAGGGAAUCUGGACUGGGUGUUCAACAACACGCCUGUCUUCUUCGUUCGCGAUCCGAUCAAGUUUCCCUCUCUGAAUCGAUCCCACAAGCGGCAUCCUCGCACCCACCGGCCGGAUGCCAAUAUGUUCUGGGACUUCCACACCGCCAACCCCGAGGGCAUUCACCAGAUCAUGCACCUCUUCAGUGACCGUGGCACCCCCGCCUCCCUCCGCCACAUGAACGCCUACAGUGGACACACCUACAAGUUUACCAAGGAGGACGGAUCCUUCAAGUACAUCAAAAUCCACAUCAAAACCCAACAAGGCAUCAAGAACUUCACCCGUGAAGAAGCCACCAAAGUCGCCGGCGAAAACCCCGAUUUCCUCUUAGAAGACCUAUACGACGCCAUUGAGAGUGGCAACUACCCCGUGUGGAACGUCUACGUCCAAGUCAUGGACCCCAAGGAUGCAGAGACCUACAAAUGGAACAUCUUCGACAUGACCAAAGUCUGGCCUCACCAGGACUAUCCCCUCCGCCAGAUCGGUCGACUCACCGUGAACCGCAAUCCCCGGAACUACUUUACCGACAUCGAACAAGCCGCCUUCUCCCCCUCCAACAUGGUUCCAGGCUUUGCUCCCUCUGCUGAUCCCAUGCUCCAAGCCCGCAUGUUCGCCUACCCUGACGCAGCCCGUUACCGUCUCGGCACCAACUACCAAAUGCUCCCCACCAACGCGGCCCACGUCCCCGUCUACUGCCCCUACCAGCGCGACGGAUUCAUGAACUUCACUAAUAACUACGGUGACGAUCCCAACUAUAUCGGUUCUUCCCUUCGUCCCACUACCUUCGCCACCACUUCCAACGGUCCAGUGUCGAGCACCAUCACCGAGCACGAGAAAUGGAUCGGAGAAGUGAGCAGUUUCACUACCACAAUAUCGGACGUGGACUUUGAGCAGGCCACCGGCCUGUGGAAGGUUUUGGGUCGGGAAGAGGGCCAUCAGGAUCGAUUUGUGGAGAAUGUGGCUCUGACGGUGCAGAAGGUGACGAGGAAGAAGCUGAGAGGGAUGGUUUAUGAUCUCUUUAGGCGUGUUGAUCCCCAGCUGGGGGCGAGGUUGGAGGCGGAGGUUGAGGGGAAGAUUUGAUGGGUGGGGGAUAUCUGGGU